UUCUGUCAACUGUUUCCCACACCUAUAGCAAGAUAUAAAAGUUAGAGGUCUCGGCAGUUUUUUUCCAUUUCAUCCACAACUUCUUGUUCUUAUCUGAAGGAAAAAUGAAUACAGUUGCUAUAGUAAUUGCUGUGCUGGGAGUCUUCUGGACUCAAGCUUCUUCAUAUGAAAUCUAUAGCCUCCCUGGGAAUAACAAUGAUUACGUCCAACAAACCGUGACUAUCAGCAGUGAACAUAAUAUUGUCGAUAUCCAUGUGCAUGCUGGGAUGUGCUCCUCUGACACUAUUUUUGACUACAAUCGUGGAUACAUUGCAACCAGACUGUUUUCCCGGAGGGCCUGCUUUGUAUUAAAAAUGGAGAAAGGCUAUAUCCCAGAGAUAGAAGAACUUGGACGUCUUGCGUAUGAGAAACAGAUGAUGAAGAAGAUAUUUUCUGAAAGAAAUCUGUGGGUGCAAUAUGAACCUAGUGAUUCUAUAAUUGCUGAAUUCAAGGAGUGGCUUCUCUUUGGUAAACCCAUUGAGAAACUCUGCAGAGAUGUGCCUAUCUACAGGGUUCACAGAGUUGAAGGUGCCCUAAGAGCUGGCGGCUGUGCCAAGGCAGGAAUCCUCGGCAUUUUGGGCAUUUCCGUCUGCGGAAAUAUCAGUAUUUAGACAUGACUGUGGCAGUGCCAUUGCUUGGAAUGGGCUUAUUAUUCCCCACGUGCUUUCAUUUGUUGUAAGCCGCAAGGAACAUUAUUAAAUUGGGAUCGAUUUCAUUGUUCCCCAUAAUCAGCCUCUCCUGAUCAGCCUGCAAACUAUGAUCCACUAAUAAAAGAAUAAAACAUUC